AUGGAGUGGGCCAAGGACCAGUACAACAGGCAAUACGAACGAUGGGUGCCCUGGCUGGAAGAGCUCUAUCUCCGCUAUUUCACGCGCGACAAUAAGGCGAGCUAUACCACUCGCGAAAACCUUAACAAAACCAAAAUCAUCUCCAAUCCCCAGCUCAACACCCUCCAAGACGGCGUCAACUCACUCGUAGCCGACCAGGUUGGUCAAGACGGGCUGGCCGCACCGGCAGGCGAUCUUGUUUCGCGUGAGGGGAUCAACCGGCUGGAGAGGAAGGGCAAGGACGAGCAAGGUCGCUAUGUAGCUGCGCCUGAGGCUGCUGGCGGGGCAGGGCGGGCGGUUGCAGGUGCUGGGAACGCGCUUGUCGGAGGGGUAGUUGCGGGCGGGGAGCAGGCCGCCUCCACGGCGAAGGCGGGCGGGAAGAAUGUGGGUGGAUGGUUUGGGCUUGGUCGCUAG